AACGCAUUUGGAAUGCGACGCCAGUUUUUCCGUAGCGGGAAGUAGCUCGUGUUUGUCCACCUGCCGCCAUUUACAGCUGUUUUCAACAUGUCUUUCUCAGACGAAGAUAGUUCGGAUGUCGGCUUCGCUGGUGAAAAAAAGCUGGAGACCUUCCUGUUCAGCUGCCAGCUCUCCUCCAAAGUACCUUUCUACACCUUCCAAAGGGAUGAAGAGGAAGAUCUAGAGCACUUCCUCGAGCUCAGAACGAUAUGUCUGGGAGAAGAUGCCAAGGAGGAGAACAACGUGGUGGAGGUGGCGGCCAUGAACCAUCAGGGAAAGAUGACGUCGGUGCCAAUAGCCAACCUUCAUAGCAGCUGCUUGCCAAUGGUGAGUUUGGGCGAGUUCGAGCUAAAAGCACCAGUCACCAUCCGGCUCAAGGCUGGUUCAGGACCAGUUACCAUCAGCGGCCUGCACCUUAUUGUUUCAGAGACUGAAGAAUCUGACCUGGAGGAGGAGGAGGAGGAUGACGAUGAAGAUGAUAUGGACGAGGAAGACUUGAGCCCCGUAAAACCAGCAAAGAAGAAGCAGGUGCAGUGAGACUUGAUUGGAGUGUCAGGCCUCACAUGACGUUUUGAGGAAACCACAAUUCAGAGGCAGCAGUUGAUAAAGUCACAACAGCUGCAACGCUCAAACACCAUCAGCAUAUUCCCAACAGCCUGGAGCUAUCCCUCAAAUUGUCACUCAGAGUUAAGGACUAAAGUCAGCAAAAGACCACACACUCACAGUAGUUGAAUACAAAUAAUAGUAAAAGAACUGCAAUAAUGCAUCUCCAGCUCAUGCACGGACUUAUUAACAUAAGUCACAUUUUUCUAGUUUCUAAAUGUUUUCUUCUAUGUAAAAUGUUCAAUCACAAAGGUGAAAGAUUUUGUAAUAAAAUCAUAAAAGUUA